AUGGCAGAAUUCGCCAGCGCAAUUGUCGGACUCGUCGCUGCGGCAGAAGUCGUGACGAGGUACGUUGGACGAUAUGUCCGCCACGUAAAGCAUGCUGAGCACGAAGUCCUGGAACUCUUGGUCCGUGCUAAUGCCCUUUAUGGCGCUCUAAAGAGUCUGCAACUCCUCAUUGAUGACUUCGCAUCUCGAGGGCUGGAUUCGGCGAUCAGUACUAAAGAGAUCGUUGCGUGCAUGGACACGCUGGAGAAAGUGAGGACAAAGGUCAACCAGUUCGAUCAGACUGGAAGCAAUCCAAAAGCAGUCCGAGAGUCCAGCCUUAUCCGCCAUUCCAAGUGGACGUGGCCAUUCGCAAGAUCUCACACGUUGGAUCUUGCCCGCGAAGUGGAAGCUCACUCAAAGGUUGUUAAUCUUGCGCUGUCCGUCGACAGCGUCACAACCGCUUUGGAGCACUUCAAGGAGACCGAGGGUAUGCGUCAAGACGUUCGGAAUGUGGCCUCGAUGAUUUCGCGAAUCGAGGCGAACGACAAGACGAGACGAGCAUUUGUGGCCCUGGAGCCCGUGAAUACGCACGGUAUCCAUAAGACUAACGUUCUGCUCCGCUAUCCUGGUACGGGAGACUGGUUCACAAGUGGAAAGGAGUUUCGGCAAUGGCUGUCGGACACCAGGUCUCGCUUGUGGCUUCAUGGCAUACCCGGAGCCGGCAAGAGCGUCCUGACGGCCGCUGCGGUCGCUCAUGCGGUACAAAGUAGCCUACAGCCGAGCUCCAAUCUCGCCGUUGCUUACUUCUACUGUGAUCACAGACAGGACUCUACUCUCUCUGCGCGAAACAUCUUUGGCUCCAUGCUGGUCCAACUAGCUCGCCAGAGUCAACGCAGCUGCGACAUCGUCCUGGACUUUGUGGAAAAGUACACCGCUUCUGCGCCGCAAGCAGGUGGCGAUGGUCCUCUUCCCUGCUCCUGCGAGGAGCUUGUGGAAGUGAUAGACAGAGCUUCGGAGCCAUUUGACCAUGUAAUGAUGUUCGUUGACGGAGUUGACGAAUGUCCGUCCAUGGAAAGACGUGCAACAAUCAUUCACCCUGGCUGCUUACAAUCAACCAAAAUAAAGUUCUUGAUGAGUUCACGAGAUAUUCCUGAUAUCAGAGAGCUCGUCGAAGAGUACGCAAGUGCAUCUGUUGCUGCUGAGAGUACGGAUGUACGGUUGUUUGUCGCAGGAGAAAUGGAGAAACGGAUGCAGAAGAAAUCGUUAAAACGCUUGUACAUCAGCGAUCCCGCCUUGAAGGGCGAGAUUCUUGAUACACUCAUUGCUAAAGCUGGCGGCAUGUUCCGAUGGGUCGCCGUACAACUCGAUUAUCUUUCGACUCGUGUAUCAGAUGCCGACAUCAGAGCAGCUCUUCGUCACACGCCGCUUACGCUUUCGGCAUCUUACGAUCGAGUACUCCUGGAGACCACGCACGAUCCAGACGCCGCUGCACUUACCGCGAGAGCCUUGAAGUGGAUUGUCGGAUUCGGAGCUGUGGAUGUUGCCGCUCUGGAAGAAGCGCUUUCUGUGACCACAAACACUGCUGACCUUGUUGUUGCAUCACGGGUGAGCAGAGAUCAUAUUAUGAGACUCUGUGGCAGCCUUAUCCGUCUCGGUGCUGGAGAGACGUUUGAAUCGGCACAUUUCUCGGUAAAGGAAUACCUAGCGUCCCUUCAAAAGUCAGGCAGGGCAGAGCUCCAGAUGUUCGCGCUCGGUCCUGAAACGCCUGUCGAGUAUGCGCAAGCGUCUAUGAGGUUCUUCAACAAUGCUGCUUUCGAACGACCAUGUCAGACGUAUGCUGAGUUGCGCUGCCGGCGAGAUGCGCAUCCAUUCCUAGGUCUAGCAGCCAGACAGUGGCCGAUAUGGCCGAGUCUAACGCAUGCCAACGACAUUGCUACGCUGAAAACACUCUUUGACCCAGCAAGAGUCGGUCAUUUGUACAGCUGGACCCAGUCUAUGUGGUCAAUGCCAGCUGCUACCGACCAGAACUGUUGGCCAUGGCACGACACUCUGAUGAGCUCCUUGCACUAUGCCGCUAUGUUAAGGAUGCCUGAUGUCUGCAAGUGGUUGCUCGUUUCUUGCCAGUCUCAGAUUCUCGUGGAUGAAAUGAUUGGAAUUCCAUUGCACUGCGCACUGCUGGGUGCCUUCGCGAAUACUUACCUUCUGCGGGAUACGCUCAAACUAUGUCCGACGAUUCCUCCGGAUGAAGGAGUUGCUGCGCGGCUGUGCUCGACUGUAGAGUUGCUAUCGGACAUCGCACUGCGUUCUGAUCAACCAUUUCCCGGCACAGACUCUGCCUCCGGCAUCAGUACUUUGCGCCUUGCGGUCAUGUGUGACAUGGCUUACCACACGAACUUGGUGACGCCACGUCUUCUCAGUGUUGGAUUCAGGUGCGAGGAAGAUUGCCUGGAUGAGCUUGAAGCUGGUAUGUGUGAUCAGAGUUGCCAGGAAAGAGCUUCAUCUUUAGUGGGUCUUAUCACAUCGGAACACCUCUCUGCAAGCCCUGGUCGUCUGUUCGCUUUGCAACGUCGCGGUCUCAAGCAACUCGAAGACAAGAGCACUGUACCCCGUGGGACCGGCGGAGGUAAGACGGCUAUACCACCAGCAUUGAAGAGCAUGCUCGACAGCGAUGAUGCAAUUACGUUAGCGACACAGAUUGCCUCAGGAUAUGCUCGCGUAGAUGUGACUUUCGGACCAGAGGGGACGUCGCUAUUACACUACUGCGCGAUGUACGGCAGUGUCGAAUGCGCACGGCUGCUGAUAGCUAAAGACGCAAAACUUGAUGCUCGUACGUCCAAAGGAGCAACGCCGUUGUUCGCGGCGCUAGAGCGUGGAUACACUCACGUGGCAAAGCUGUUGACGGGCGCGGGCGCCGGCCAAAUUCUUCGCGAUGACGAGGGUACGGUUGUGUGGCACUACGCGGUUCGAGGGGCGGACACUUCUUCGUUGCGUUUCCUCGGUGAACAUCAGCUUGCCCUGGAUUUGCUCGAUCAUCCGGCACGAGACAGAACCACUCCCGUACUGGGUGCAGCUCAUUCGGCAUCAGAUCAGCUUGCUAAAGUCGAGUAUCUGCUAAAUCUUGGCGCGAACGAACGUGCUCCAGUCUACGACUGCCUUCUGUCCGAUCCAGAUUUCUAUACAUUCAAAGCGCUGUACGAUGCGGAUAAAGCUGUCUUCUUCACAGCUAUCGCCAAUGAAAACCCAGUAUUUGGUGACGCUCUGAUAGAGCUCGCUGACGUCGUGACAGCGACUCAGCUCAAGGUUAUCAUCGGAUACAUCCUCACAACUGCUUCUCGAGAUCAAAGCGUCUUGUUCAUCACGUCUUUGGGUCGCUGGUUGAAGGAUUACUUGCAGACGACCGGCAUCAUAGACCUCGCCAAUCUGCCAGAGCUCUGUCUGACCAUUGUCGACAGUCCCUUUUCCGAUUCGACCUGCUCCUUUCAAGGUGUCCUUGGAUGGGUUCUUGACGCCAAGAAUUGGCGUUCCGCUGCCGACAUCUGGAGAAGGACCUUGAAGACAAUGAUCAACCACUGUCGAUCUAUACCAGUUCUUGAGAGUUUUCGACAUCAAGGACGGCAACUGAUCACGACACUGCUUGACGCCAAGGAGUACGACCUCGCUGCAACUCUUUUGGACCGAGGUAUCUCCGUAAGUAAUAGAGAUGAUAAAACUGCCGGCGCAAAAAGCGCCCAGGAGACCGUCAUAGUCCUUGAUUGCCCCAGUGAGAUAUCGAAGAAGAUCCUGAGCGCACCAUCGGAUCCCACUCCCCACCCAACGACCGGAGAUAGUCUUCUACACUACUGGGCGCGAAGCGGCUCACCUGAACAGCUCGACUGGUUGCUGGCCCUAAACGGUGAUAUCGAGAUGAGGAACGUCAGAGAUGAGAUGCCACUCAUGGCGACGUGCUAUUCGAACUCACUACACGAUCUAUCGACCUACAGAUACUCCCAGCUCGUUUCAAAAGGCGCAAGCGAAGAAGCCGAAGAAGUCUUUAAUUGGACAGUCGCACAUCACGCCGUGAUCGGCAGAAAUCUUGAGAUACUCAAAGGCAAUGCUCUCGCCACUGACAUGUAUGGAUGGCGAAGCCGCGUUGGCAUCCGGACCUUUUCAGAUGCUGGCGACGGACCUAGACCUUUGGAGAUAUUCGGUGCAUCACUGGCUCAUGUAGCAGCAUUCUUGGGCAACGACGCAGCUCUUGAUUACUUGCUGAGCCACGUCGAUGUGUACCAGGUUAAUGAGCUGACACAGUCUGCAAAUCCAGUGUCCGUGCUUCAUUGCGCGGUGUUGGGCGAUCACGAACCCACGACUGCAGUUGCACUGAAGCAUGGAGCGUCCAUAACGGCCGCGCCCGGUGACGAGACGCUUCUUCACGUAGCAGCGCGCUACAACAGGGCUGGGGUGGUGGGGAUACUCACAAAACAUGGCGUAGACCCCAAUAGACGGUGCGUAGAUGGUUUGAAGGCCAUCGACGUGGCUCGAGAUCACGGCUACUCGGACUUCGUCACAGAGCUCGACAAGCAUAUGCUCGACUAUACGUCGGCAAUUGAUUCAUCGCUGGUGACGAACAAUGAUCGUAUAGCUCGCCGGCGGCAGCAGCGGGAGCUCGGCGAUGCCAUCCACUGUGGGGAGCUCGCCCGCUGUCGCGAGCUACUGGACUCUGGCGCAUCAGCAAGUUGUCAUUGGGCAAAAUGCAACAGUUGCGAUCCGGUGAUACAAGCGGCACGUCGGGACUCGAGGGAAAACACCGAGGCAAUCAUACUCCUACUUCUUUCACGAGGUGGUAGGCUCACGCGAAGAAGAAGCUGCGAAACCCACGGCGAAGCAAGUCUGAUCCAGGAGUGCGCCAAGGCUGGCUACACCAAAGCCCUGGAAUGGAUUUUAGAACACUGUCCUGGACUUUCAUUCCUUCGCUACACUUGUCCACCGCUGCAUUUGGCCGCACUCAACGACCGGUACGACUGCAUCGAAUUGAUGCUUGGCAAAGCAGAAGUGGCUUGGGCACAGUUCACGCGGUCAGGAUUGAAAAUUUCGCCCGGACCCGAAUCCAAUCGUGAGUAUGACUCGGAAGAGGACUCCAAUACACUGCUCGGACAGCACAAGGCGUGUCUCGAUAUCGUGCAUUGGACAAAACUUGUACACAUGGAAGCGGACUUCGGCGAAGCAAGGUCUUCCGCGGAUAUAAUAACAAUGUCUCAACCAGCAGCCUACUUUUCCGGCGGGAUGUUCGACCUGCCAUUGCAGUGCGCAGUCUGGGGAAGCAGAACAGAAGCCGUGAAGCUUUUGAUCUCUUGUGGUGCUGCUAUCGACAGGCGGACCUCGUCCGGUGGCUACACGAUGCUGGACACGAUACUUGAACAUGACAUCAACGAAGACAACUCUAUACUCAACCUCUUCGACGAUCACCAUCUGCUUAGGCGGAGCGGCUACAGGAGAUGCGACUGGGCAAUCGCUAAUCACAGCACUGCAGCUGCCAAAAAACUCUCAGAACGCGUGAUGGGCGCGUCCGCAUGGCAUGAUAGCACAGCGAAGAAUCUACACGGAACUUCAAUUGCCAUCGACAUGGCUUGCAAGUACCCAGAGCUGCUAGUAAGCAGCUCACAUUGCCGGACCGCUGUACAAGAUCGAAACAUGUACGGAUCCUGGGUUUACAGCGACCUGAUAAGGAAACGAAGGCCUCACGCCAUGACCAUACUGUUGAAUAGUGGACUGGAUUUAUCAUGGAUCGAUCCUAUGGACGGAAGUAUCCUGCACGACGUUAGAUGGUAUGACGACCGGACGCAGCAGCUCAAUCUGAUCUUCCGCCGACUCGGAAAAACUGCAACGCAAGACAUACUAAACGCAAAGCCGGCUAGAGAACACAGUCUUCCGUAUCACGCAGCUGCAAUGAGCCAGCGUCAAGUCAUGAAGUUGUUCAUGAGACAUGGUGCAGAUCUGGAAGUCGAAGGCGGCCCGUACGGCACACCACUGAUGGCCGCGGCAUUGUAUGGCCGCCUGGAAAUGGUCAAGCUGCUCGUGCGAGCCGGCGCCAAGGUUGCUUACUACUCGCCACAGGCGAAUGAAUAUAGGAGUGCUCUGCUUAACGCUCGAACCCAGCGCCACGACGACGUGGUCCGAUGGCUCCUGGUAGAAAGGUUCACAGAAGUCAGAAGCAUCACUGUGGACGACUUUGAAUUGAAAGAGCUGCGAAUCAAAUUCAUCAAGGCUUUGUGGAGCUCAGAUCGCAACUCAUUUCCGCUGAGGUUCCGACUCCGCUACCAAGAAUUCGAAGUUCGCGUCGGUGCAUAUGCCAAGAAGCGACCAGAUCGGGUUGGGAAGGUCGGCACCUUUGCCAAGAGUUACGGGUACCACCAUGAUGUCGUCCAAGACAGCUCUGGCUUGUAA